GAGAGCAAUAAGGCAUCUUUUAUUUUGUAUAGUUCUUUCAAUUUUGUGAUUUUACCACCGAACUCUUCAAUAUUUUUGCCGUUUUUAAAUUUUUUAUAUAAAUAUACCCUACGUACAUAUUACACUAAAACUUGAGUUAAUUUAAAAAUCAAAAUGUCUGAAAAUAGUACAAAUUCAAGAAUUCAAUUAUAUAAAAAUUCAUCUAAAGGAAGGGAGGAAUUGAGAAAUCGCCGCCAUGAAUUUACAGUUGAGCUUCGUAAAAACAAAAAAGAUGAUCAAUUAUUCAAAAGAAGGAAUAUAAAUGAGGAGGAAGUUACUUCUCCCCUUAAAGAUCAUAAUGGACAAUCUCCUGUUCAAAUGAGCAUUGAGGAAAUUGUAUCGGCUAUGAAUAGCAAUGAAACAGAACGUCAAUAUAAUGGAACACAAGCUGCAAGGAAAAUGUUAAGUAGGGAGAGAAAUCCGCCUAUUGAUUUACUCAUUGGGCAUGGAAUAGUUCCCAUAUGUGUUAAAUUCUUGAAAUGUUUUGACAACCCGCUUUUGCAAUUUGAAGCAGCAUGGGCACUUACAAAUAUUGCGUCUGGAACUUCGGAACAAACACGUACUGUAAUUGAGGCUGACGCAGUCCCAAGGUUUAUUUCGCUACUUCAGUCUCCAGUACUGAAUGUUUCGGAACAAGCUGUAUGGGCUCUUGGGAAUAUAGCUGGUGACGGUGCUACAGCAAGAGAUAUUGUACUAAACCACAAUGCCGUAGAGGGCUUAUUAGCAUUAAUUAACACUGAAACUCCAUUAUCAUUUUUAAGAAAUAUAGUUUGGUUAAUGUCAAAUCUAUGCAGAAAUAAAAAUCCAUCUCCGCCAUUUGAUCAAAUUAAAUUAUUGUUACCAGUUUUAUCUCAUUUAUUGCAUAAUGGUGAUUUUCAAGUUUUAUCUGAUACCUGUUGGGCUAUAUCGUAUGUAACCGACGAUGAGAAUAACAAAAUACAAGCUGUUAUUGACACUAAUGCGGUACCAAAAUUGGUUGAGUUAUUGGAUAUAAAUGAACCGAACGUAAUAGUGCCUGCCUUAAGAAGUGUCGGCAAUAUUGUAACUGGUUCUGAUCAACAGACAGAUACUGUAAUUGCCGCUGGCGGCCUUGAAAAAUUGGGAAGACUCUUGCAAUCUAAUAAACAAAAUAUUGUCAAAGAAGCAGCAUGGACAAUAAGUAACAUAACAGCUGGGAAUCAGAAGCAAAUUCAAGCUGUAAUUGAUGCUGGUAUUUUCGUCCACAUUCGAAAUGUACUUGAAAAAGGUGACUUCAGGGCUCAAAAAGAAGCAGCUUGGGCAGUUACAAACACCACAACUUCUGGAACUGCUGAACAAAUAAUUGAUCUCAUUGAGAAAUAUAAUAUUUUGUUGCCAUUUUGUAAUUUAUUAGAGUCAAAAGAUCCUAAAACAAUAAAAGUAGUUUUGACAGGUUUAACAAACUUAUUUAUGUUAGCUGAAAAAUUAGGCGGAACCGAAAAUCUGUGCUUAUUAAUUGAAGAAAAUCAAGGUCUUGACAAAUUGGAAAAAUUACAAAAUCAUGAAAAUGAGGAAAUUUAUAAGAAAGCUUAUGCUCUAAUUGAUACAUACUUCGGGGAUGUAAGUGAUGAAGUAGAACAAGCAUUAAAACCCAAGGAAGCCGAAGGAAAUUUUGAAUUUUCCGCACAAACAGCAAAUAAUCCUAAAGGUGGCUUUUCAUUUUGAAUGAGACGUUCAAGUCUGAUUUAUUUAAAUAGAACAAAAUUUACAUAUUUUAUUAAAAUUUGAAAAUCAUUGCUUAUCAUUAUACAUAUUUAAAAGUUUCAUUUACUGUUUUCAUUUAUUACUUGAUCUAAUUAUUAAAUUAAAAAAGUUUUAUAAAAUUUAUGUAUAAUUAUAUAAUUUUUUUCAAUAAAUUGUUUUUAGAUU